AUGGACAUUGAUCCAAUACAUUUUCGCAUAGGAAACGGUGAAUUCGUGCAUGCCACAAAGGCUAUAAAUAUUGAGCUUCUUAUCCAAGGUCAUAAGCUCCGCAUUCAUGCUGUUGUUGCAGACAACCUUACCGGACCAGAUUUGCUUUUGGGUGCUCGGACCCUGUCGGAAUUGAAUGGUACACUUGACUUUUCAACCAGUACCUUAACUGUCAGACCCAGGCGUAUCCAGUUCACCCCUGUACAGACAGUGACUUUGAGACCAGGUCAGACUAGGAGUAUUGUAGUCAAAGGCAAAGUUCCUAAGUUGCUCAAGCAUACUGAGGUUUUGCUGCAGCCUACCGAGCAGUUCAGCAAAUAUUGUCCAUCAUACAUGUUGGUAAAGCUCAGGAAAAGUGCAGCCAUUAUCCGGGUUACGAACAAUUCCAAGAAAAAUGUCACUUUCCGUGAUAAUCUUCCUGUUGCGUUUACUGAUUUGUCAGAUCAUAUUCAUGCCACCCACUUGGUCCCUCGUGGCUCUUUGAAUAAUGGGGUCACACGCGAACAGUGCGUAUCUGACCUUCAUUAUAAAAAUCUGCUUACGUACCCUCACCUGGAUAUUGAUGAUCCCAUCUCCAAGUUGUCACCCCAGGAUAUAAUUGAGCAGCAAAUCUCGCUGCAAGGUAGCACUCUUAGUGCGGAUGAGAAGCAGCACUUGUAUGAGCUUCUUCUACGGAACAAAGAGGCAUUCAGCCUAUACGGCGAAAUUGGCACGUGCCCCAAUUUUGAAGUGGACAUCCAAUUGAAGGAUGACAGUCCAUUUUUCGUCCGCCCGUAUCCUAUCCCAGAGAAAAAUCGCAAGCAAAUUGACAAAGAGUUCAAUAAGCUGGUAAAUCUUGGUAUCUUGAAGAAAGGCUGUUCUGCCUACAGCAGCCCGGUCAUGCUGAUUGGCAAAAAGGGUACAACUGACAAGAGGAUAAUCAGUGAUUUCAGGUAUUUGAAUAGUCGUUGCAAAACUGUCAAUCAAAAUUUUGUCAGCCUACAAAGUGUUCUAGCUCGUUUAGGUCGUUCAAACUGUAAAGUUGAGCUCAAAAGCGCUUUUCACAGUCUGCCCCUCAUACCUAAUCAAGCUGAACUGAACAAAGUGCUAAAAGUCAUCAAGCGUAAGGUCAUUCGGGAUUACAAUUUGCCAUUUGACGGUCAACAGUUUCGCAUUGCCCAACAGACGUCACCAUUCUUCUUCCGUUGA